CACUCGCGCCAAAACUUGCUUUGUCCACAUUCCAACGGAGGGGGGACCUCGACACAACCAGCAACGAGCAACAACACAAGACGAGACAGGCUUGAAAACGAAUAGACAGCUCGACGUACAGCCCAUACGGUUCUUGUGUCUUCCUGCGACGAUCUGCUGAUCUAGAACUUCGACGGAUCGCGGAAACCACGCCCAUCUGGCUCGACAACAAGUUUUCUACGAAGACCACCACACGAUCAAAAAACAACAUCCGCUCCUCAAAGGGACAGCUCUUGGAUCACCUCCUUUCUGGAAAAUAGCAAUAGUCCAUAGCUCGCACUAGCUACUUGAACACUCACAUCACGACUCGUUGUUGGAUUUCUGAUCGGCCGUCCAAACAACGCAUACCGACCAUGUCGUUCCAACCAUCAGAACAAGCUCUUCAGGAGCUGAUCGUCACGCUGAGGGGUUCCACGAACCCUAGUUCAGAUGUGCAGCGCCAAACGCAAGAGCGAUUAGAACAAUUCUCCUCUCAUCUCCCUGGCUACCUUGCCUACCUCGCCCAUAUCCUCAUCCAAUGCUCCAACGAGGAUGACACGACCCGAUCCGUAGCUGGUCUCAUCCUGAAGAACGCCAUCGUCAGGCCGUUCGCCCCAGAGGGCGAGGUGGUAGGGAUGGACUAUGUCAAAUCGAUCGUCCUGCAAGGAAUGAGGGAUCCGAAUCAGACUGUCAGGCAGACGGUGGGAACUGUCAUCGUCAACAUCAUGGCAAGGGAAGAGGAUGGUGCAUGGCCCGAGGGUUUGGAAGCGUUGAUGAAGGCCGUCGACAGUGCCGACCCCAAUGAGCAAGAGGGAGCUUUCAACUCGCUACAAAAGCUUGCAGAGGACUGUUCGAAAAAGGUCGACUGCGAGAUCAACGGGCAACGACCGCUCAAUUACCUCGUCGAGCGUUUCUUGGCGCAUACCGAGCAUCAGAACCCACGAAUCAGGGUAUACGCCUUGACAUGCUUGAAGCACUACUAUCAACCUGGAGUACAAGCCAUCAUGGUGCAAAUUGACAACAUCAUCGCCGCCCUAUUCCGACGAGCUUCCGAUGCCUCUCCCGACGUCCGAGCUGCCGUCUGUCAGUCGCUCAGCAUCCUGCUCAACAUUCGACCCGACAAGAUCUUGCCUCAGAUGAGCAAUGUCGCCGAGUAUAUGAUCUACUCGGCUCAGGAUCAGGACGAAUCCGUCGCCCUGGAAGCCUCCGAGUUCUGGUUGACGUUCGGUGAAGACCCUUCGAUGGUCGAUCAGCUCAGGCCGUUCUUGCCUCAGGUCGGACCUCUCCUCCUGAACGGGAUGGUCUACUCGCAGAGCGACCUUGAUUGGCUCGGUGGGGAUGAGGAGGAGGACGAGAAUGUGCCCGACAAGGCCGAGGACAUCAAGCCCCGGUUCUACGGAAAGACUCACAACCAGGAACACGUCGAGAGUAGCGGGCCCAAGGCUGUUCCCGCUCCGAAAGCCGAAGAUGAAGACGACGAUAGCGACUAUGCCGACGAUGAUUACGACGAGGACGACGAGGAUGACCUGCAGGGUGAAUGGAACCUGCGAAAAUGUUCCGCCGCCGCGUUGGACAUCAUGGCCGUCAGCUUCGGAGACGAAAUGUUGACCGUCUUGCUUCCCCAUUUGAGGGACAAGCUGUUCAGCACUGACUGGCUGCAAAAGGAGAGCAGCAUCUUGGCUUUGGGUGCGAUCGCCGAAGGCUGCAUGGACGGACUCGUUCCCCAUCUACCCACCUUGUUGCCGUUCUUGAUCGGCGCAUUGUCGGAUCCCAAGCCUUUGGUGCGAUCCAUCACUUGCUGGACUAUUGGUCGAUACUCGAGCUGGAUCGUUGAGCAGGUCGACUCUGGCAAUGGCCGAGACGCCUACUUUGUACCAGUGCUCGAAGGACUUUUGCGCAUGAUCCUCGACCCUAACAAGCGAGUCCAGGAAGCCGGGUGCAGCGCCUUUGCUACGCUCGAAGAGGAGGCUGGUACCGCUUUGGAGCCUUACAUGCAGCCCAUCCUGCAGAGUUUGGUAGCGGCAUUCCACAAGUAUCAGCAGCGCAACUUGCUCAUCCUCUACGAUGCCAUCGGCACGCUUGCCGAUUCGGUCGGACCCGCCUUGAGCAAGGAAGAACACCUCCAGGUCUUGAUCCCCCCUCUGAUGCAAAAGUGGCUCUCCUUGUCCAACGAUGACAUCGCGCUGGUGCCGCUCCUCGAGUGCUUGUCGUCGGUCGCCAUCGGAGCUGGGACCUCUUUCGCUCCUUAUGCCCCAGGCAUCUUUGAGCGAUGCUUGCAGAUCAUCCACAAGGAGCUGCAAGUGUUCCAAGCAUGGACUCAGAACCCUGACGGGUACGAGGAGCCCGACUCUUCUUUCGUCGUGGUCGCUCUCGACCUCCUGUCCGGUCUCUGUCAAGGAUUGGGACUAAACAUUGUCGAGCUAGUCAACAACAGCGGCAACUCGAUCUUGCAGCUCAUGUCGAGUUGUUUGCACCACCCGGAGGAUAGCAUUCGACAAUCGGCCUUGGCCCUCUUGGGAGAUAUCGCUAUUGCCGCUUUCCCCUUGGUCCACCCUCACAUCGCCGAGAUCAUGCCUAUCGUCAUCGAGCAGAUUCUUACCGAUCCCUCUGACACCCAAGUCAGCGUCUGCAACAACGCUACCUGGGCGGUCGGGGAGAUCGCUUUGCAAUUUGCUCAAGAUGCCACGCAAUUCGAGCCUUUCGUGGCUCCUGUCAUGGACCGACUCGUACCCAUCCUGUGCAACUCGCGCAGCCCCCGCAGCCUGAGCGAGAACGCCGCGGUCACCAUCGGUCGAAUGGGUCUCAUUUCGCCGGCUCCGAUAGCGCCUCACCUGGCUCACUUUGCCAAGGCCUGGUGCACCGCCCUCUGGGAGAUCAAGGAUAACGACGAGAAGGACUCUGCCUUCCGAGGGUUCUGUAUGCUGAUCCAGGCCAACCCUGCCGGCAUCCAAGAGGACUUCUUCUGGUUCUGUAACGCUGUUGUCAAGUGGCAGACACCGUCGGUGGAGCUUGACGACAUGUUCCGCAAGAUCCUCGGCGGAUUCAAGCAGAUGAUGGGAGACGCAACAUGGACUCAGAUGAUUGCUGGAUGGCCUCCUGCCCUGCUGCAGCGUCUGAACGAAAAGUACGGCGUCUGAGGGUCGCUUCCGGCGGGCACGAUUCAUCUCGACUUUCCUGGACUCGACCUAGGCACCGGUUUCUACGAUCUAUCGGCACGAAUAGAUUUCUUUCCUUACGACCAAUGCAACGAAACCGAGCUGGACCUUGGCUCAUCACUAUACGGGUGGGACUGGGCCGGCUCGAGCAUCUCUGGUUCUCUUUUGAUCAUGAUUGUAUCCUUUAGCAGUAUAUAGGUAGAUAGCUCCCUCAUCAGGUCGGAGUCGGCGCACGCUCGCCACCCUCAUCCCAUUCUAUAGAUUUCACUAGCAUCCUGACUUGCCCCUUAUGGGCUCAGGCAACCCCUCCAAACCCAAGCUUUGUAGAAUAUCCCUGGCCUCCAGCAGGACGUAGAUCGUAGACGAACAUCAAAGUAGAUUAGAGCAUCAUCAUGUCCGUUUUG